GGCAUGAGCUUUGAUAUUUUCUAAUCAGUGUAUUCAAGAUUGUUUAGUAAUUUGCCCAUUUUCUGAACUUUGGGGCCUCGAUAGGCCCAGAGAGGAAUGAAUGCUGCCAAUAACGAAGCAUGCUGACUUAUCUACGGGGUCUAACGCACACGAAAGAGAAACAAACGUGGCGGAAAACGGCGGACCAAGGAAGAAGAGGCGACUGAGCAACACUGUCAAGAACGGAACGUGUAAGGCAAGCCCCGAUCCUCUGCAGAGUGAAUUGAAUUUUCACCCUCACAAGAAACAAAAGACAAUUCUUGUUCCGGGAGGCGUCGAAAACGCUGGUUCCUCGAUGGCUGAGCCGCAGAGAAAGGCGAAUUUUUCUGCUUACGGAAAUCACUUUCACGAGCGCUCUCCUCUUGCAAACAAUUCUGCUAAACCAGGCCAGGCCAAGAAGCUCGUGAUUAAGAACUUCAAAGGUUAGUCUUAUUUCUCUCUCCUUUUUUCUGAUGCUCAAAGGGCUGAAACCUUAAGUUUUUAACUAUUUUAUCCCAGAAAGACAUACGUGAGCAUACUUAAUGAAAAUGUACGCUUUAUUCAGUCUAAACGUUAAAAUAACAAGCCUAAUUGCAUGGCUUACACGAACCGCUUCGUUUUGUGAACAGAAAACAGUAAUUCUUCAGCUAAAGCAUUGGCGUAUGAAUUACUUUCAUUUCAGUUAUGUGAUCAAAAGCCUCUGUUUACUUCUGUCGUGCUCAAUGUACAUAAUGACACUUCCAAAUGGAAAGCAAAAUGUUAAAUUUAAAAGUUCAAUCGAUUUAGCGCUGUAUAACGUCAUUGUUUAUAACUUACUACUAUACGUACAUCAAUUGUUACUUAUAUUUAACCUGUUUUUACGUUUGACUGCUUAAUCACCGACGUGACGGUAGUUUUGGUUUUUAACGAAACGUCCUAAAUCCUACAAGUACUUGUUAAACUUUUUGCACAAUUUUCACAGAUGUACAUUGUGCCUAAAAGACAUUUUGUGUACAACAGAUAAUGUCAAGGCUAAACACAAACAAAUUUUGUCUCAAUUGUUGUUGUUUUUUCUGUGGUAUUUGAUACAAGAAUGGCAAAUUUGUGGUCUGUGACAAUUCACUUUGCUGUAGAGAUGCCAGAUUUUUUAAAUGGCACCAACAGUAGCUCCAAUAUUGUAAUUUUCAGGAACAUCUAGAUGCACUUUCAUUCUCUGAGCAAAUAUUUAAAUAUUAUUAGCAGUUACAUGACUUUAAGCAUGAAAUCCCAAAAGACCUAGUUCUACUACAUAGUUUUAAGGUUAAACCCAGAGCAAGAGGUCAAAAGUUUGUAUUUUAUUUGAAAUUUAAAACUCAACAAUUACCUUGUGUACUUCAUUUAAUCUGGCAAUUCUACAGGACUUAAGUUAUAUUUGAGAGGCUACAGGAAUAGAAAAUGACUUUUUUUGCAUUAGUUACAAGAUUAUCAGUCAACCCUUUAAUUCCCAGAAGUGAUUAACAGGUAACUUCUUCCAAUAAUAUCCAAACAUUAUCCAGCUAACAGGUCACGAGAAUACUUAACCCUUUAACUCCCAUGAGUGACCAAGGCAGAGUUUCUCCUUACAAUAUCAUUACAGUAUUAACCAGGCAAGUGAUGAGAAUGAAGAAAAAUAUCAAUUUGGGGAUAAUUAGUUGAUCCAAUACUAAAUUCUCUGAACUAACAUUAUAAGAAUUGUAUGGUUGACAGUAAGGAGAAGUACAAAUUUGAUCUGGGAGUCAAAGGGUUAACUAGUCAGUUAGAAGUUGUUAUCAUGAUAUAGCACUAAAUUCAUGUUACUUAUUUACAAGGAAACAUUUAGCCACUAGAGGCGAGAAUUAAAAAUCAGAUCUUAGGAGUUAAAGGGUUAUCUAAUACUUGGCUAGUUAUCAAUGUGAGUUUUUCUCCUCACUGCAAAUUUGUUUUUACUGAAAAUUUAAUUUUUGGUAAAUAUCAUUAAUUCAUAGAUUGGUUAUUUGAAAUUUAUUGAAAUCAGCAUUCAGAUUGAAUUAUUAAAUGAGAAAGGCUGAAUUAUUUUCAGACAAGUAAGUUCUUCUCUCACUUAAGGAUAAAAAAGCACAAACAUUUAUGUUUAAAAUCUGUAUUUCAAUCAGCAGGAAAACUCAACCUGAUAUUGUAAGAGGAAUUUUGUAUCUUGUGAGAUUUUAAGGGUUAUUGUUAAUCUUUGGAGUCAUUGAAAAAUUGACUUGAUUCAUGGAAAGUCCUGAAAAUGGAUACAAGCUUAGUAAAGUGAGGUGCCAUGCCCAAGAACUUAAUAAAUUAAGCAGGCCAGUCACAAACCAAGACAUUUCAGUCCAGUGGAGCAGUUUCCUAACUGCUAGUCCACAGAAUAUCUUAGAACCCAACUUGAUCAAUGACCUAUCUAUUUGUGUUUGUCCUUCUAGCCAAGCCAAAUUUGCCCGAGAACUUCAAGGAAGCAACAUGGCAGAAAUUAAAGGAAGCUGUUCAAGCAAUUCACAAGAAAACAUUUGUCAUUUACAGCUCAGAGGAACUUUAUAAAGCUGUUGAAAACAUGUGUUCCCACAAAAUGGCUGCCACAUUGUAUGACUUGUUAAAGGCAGAGUGUGAGUCACAUGUGAAGUCAAAUCUUCAACAGUUUGUUUGAUAUCCUUUUUGAGUUGCCCUUUAUUUACAUGUAAUUUAGGGCUUUUGUACGAAAGGGUAGCAUAUCAGUUUUGGGACUGACUUUCAUUUUUUUGCGGGAUCAAGCUAUUUAACUUUUGGCAGACAGGUUGAUUUGUGCUUACUUCAAAGGAAAUUGCACUGUUUUGCCGAUAGGAGGUGUUUUUUAAAAGCUUUAAGAUAUUGUGUGACAAGAAACAAAAGCUCAUGUAACAGUGGAAUUUCAAGCUCAGUUAAUUUGUGGACGACAUAGCACAAAUCCUCCUUUUAAUUUUUCACAUCAAAACAAAUUUGUCUGCGGAAAGUUUUUUUGAUCCUUUUUAAGUGAAAAGCAUCACAAAAAUGAUACACAUCCAUGCGGCAGUGAAAAGGGCUUCAAGCUCAGUGAUACAUUAUGUGUGAGUUUAUAUACUUUUCAUUUUUGUACACAUGCAAAAUGCAUUUCAGUGUUCCUGUUCACUUCUGGUGACUAGGUGCUUUAAAGAAGACUUAAAGCACGUUUCAAAAUUUUUGUUGUUUUCUUUCCCUUGUUCUAGUAAAGUUAAUGUCCAUGCUACAGUAUUAGAUAGUUUUUUCUCUUCUUUGGCUUAAAAAAAACAGUGCAGCUGUCCUGUGUUAAUCCCAACUGUGUCUCGUUAACCUGUUAGACUCUAAGAGUGACUAGCAUCUAAUUUCUCCAAACAUCACAACUUAAUCAAACACUAAGGUUAUAAGAAUGUAGGAAAUGACUAUCCACUCAAGAUGCCCUUGAUUGUGAAACAAAUUCUCUUGGUCAGUACCAUAGGAAAUGUAUAGAGAACUGUGUGGCAAAUAUGCAUGCUGUUGUGAAAGUGUGGAGGGUUGAUUGAGAAGGAAACCCUUAGCUUGUACAAGCCAAGCACAAACCAACCCUUACAAGCUAAAUCAUGCAUGUCAGAAGUAUGGCAAAUACUUGCCUGUUACAGGAUAUAAAAACUAUCAGAAGGAAAUACUUCUUCAAACUCCUUAACUGUCAGUUACUGAUUCAAUGGAUAGUGAGUUGUACCUGUCAAAACUAAACCACUGUUGGGAAAACCAUUGCAGAGACAUGGUAUGUUCACACACAAGACAGGGGUUUCAAUAAGUUUUGAAGUAGAUGGCAUAAAACUGCAAAGUAGUCAGCUAAGAGAAGUUGAAUCUUUACUCAAAUUUUUCUACUUUCAGAGAAAACAUGUGGAAAUUUUGCUUGACAUACAUGUACAUGUAGACUAGUGGAAAUUUCAGUGGUGUAAUAGUCAGUGUGCUGAACUCUGAGUUCAGAGGUCUGGGUUCAAGACCAGGGGGCGAGAAAGGUCAAAGUGUUGUGUUGGAAAUAUGGAAAUCAGGAUUAUCUCUGGCUGGGGGGGUUGGGGGUCACUUUGCUCAAGUACAGGUUUCACCUUUCAUGAAUUUGCAGGUUUCUGGCUCCCUUUGAAACCCAUGGAAGAGGAAUGUAAACUUAAGUGUGGCAGUAUAGCUGUUAAUAUACUAGAAUAUGCACAGAAAAACAAAGAAGUGAAGAAAUCUCUUUCCCUCUUUCCUCUCUCUUGCAGAUUAUGAUAAGAAGCAUUUUUCUGUAUCUGGACAGGACGUAUGUUCUUCAAAACUCAACAAUAUUAUCCCUGUGGUAAGAAAAAUCUGACUGUUUAAAACAAACUUGUUUGUUCUUGCUACUUUUGUAUUAUUACAGCUCUAUGGUAGUAUUUUUCCAGAAUUGACACCAAAAUUCUCUCUUUUUUCCCAUAACCCCUUGGAGAUCAUGGAGAGAAAAGUAUCAUCUAUACAUUGUCCAGCUGACAGUUGAUAAGAGUACACAAACUUAUCAGUGGCUGAGAGUUCUUUUGUGACGGCAACAAAGUUUCUUCACCCUUUGACCCCUCAGACUGACAAAGAUCUAAUUUCUCCUUACAAUACUACCCCUGAAUCAAGCAUUAAGGUUACAAGAUUAAAGGAAAUGAUCAGCAACUUAAGAAGCCCUUGAUUGAUAAAGAAAUUAUCCCUGUCAGCUCCUUUGUAAAUGUAUACAGAAAGUAUGGAGAAUAUGUAGCUGCAGCAAGACAAUCAGGUUAAUAGAUGUAUAAUAUAUAUUGUAUUGUUUUGUAGGGAUAUGAGUCUGAAUUUGUUUCGUACACACAUCAUGAGUAACAAAACAGUACAAGAGAGGACGGUGGAUGGUUUACUGCAAUUAAUAGAAAAUGAAAGGUGAGAAUUAUAUAAACAAGAUGAUUGUAUGAUUCUUAGUAUGUAUCAUGCACUCAAGUAAACAACAGUUUUUAUGCAUGCUGAUUGGCUACUUCCAGAGACAGCAUGGCAAGAUUUUUAUCAGUUUGAUUUAAGCUAUGUGUUUGUAUAUUGUCAAAAGUAAAGAAAUUUUAGCACAUUUGGUGAUUUAGGCUUUGACGUGUACAUAUUAGAUACAAGCAAAACAGAUAUUUGCCUUAGGUGUAAGUAAAAGUGGUGAAUGUUUACCCUAUUACCUCCUGGCUCAAGAAUUGUCCAUCAUUAUUUACCUGCUCCUUGUUGAGGAGUGAAAAAAACUGGGUUGCUGCAUUGCUAGGGGUGUAACAAGAUAAUUUGGCUUUAUCAACUGAGUUGAUAAUGAAGAAAUGUAAAAUGGUUUCCGUGUUUACAUAGCCUGAUGUAAACACUUAGGAGGUUGGGAGAACACAAGAUAAGCGUAGGAAACCAGGACGCGAAGCGGAGUGGUUUCAAGCUUAUCGAGUGUUCUCCUAACUGCCUAAGUGUUUACAUCAGGCUAUGUAAACACGGAAACCAUUUUACGUUUCUUUUAUAAAAUAACUAAUGAAAGAGGAUCGAAAACCGUGUUUACAUACGCUCAUGUAAAAUGGUUUUAUGGCCAAUCAGAGUGCGCAUACUAUUUGAAUUGUUUUAUAAUGUGAAUUGGCCACUCAUGAUGUUUCAAGAAUCAGCCCCUGGCACUCUGACAAAGGACUUAUACUCAAAUCAUCAAUGUUAGAAUAUCUUAACAGUAGCAAAUUCAUAUUAUCAAUUUAGUUAAUAGAACCACAUUAUGGUCAGUUAUUAUUGUUUUUUCGUGUGUGUUUGUUUCUUAAUUCCACUCUUGUCCUUGGUUUAAAUGGCUUAUUUGAAAAAAAACUUUCUAGUUCAUUUAAGUGAUGGUUACAUUGUAUGUUCUUUUCAUAUUUCUAGACAUGGUGAAGCAGUUGACAGAACAUUACUUAAAAGCUUGUUGAGAAUGUUAGCUGACUUGCAGGUAAAUUCAUGAAUGUACAGAGCCCGUAGUUUGUGGUGAAGUGGUAGCUGAAUGGUUUACCUGUCAGACUCGGGGUGGAAAGGUCUGGGUUUGGGAUGUAGCUGAGUUUUUCUGUUAUUCAUUACAAGUCAUAUCACUGCUUGUGCAGUUGAUUAUUAAGUUGUUGACAGAAUGAUUGUGUGCUCUUGGAUUAGAUGUAUGAGGAUGCAUUUGAAACAAAGUUCCUAAAGGCAACAGAAGCUCUUUAUCAUGAGGAGGGAAACAGAUACAUGCAAGAAACAGAUGUAAGUUUUCAUCCCCUAUACAAAGAUAAAACAACAUUCAGUAGUGAGGAUCACAUUGGCUUUGCUUUACUUUGCAGUACUUUUUUUCCUUUUUAACCCACCCCCCCCCCCCCCUCCUAGACAAAUCAGAUGCCAAAAAGUUAAACCUGUUUCAAUAUCAACACUUGCAUCGCUUUGCUCUGGUGUUUUAGAAGCAUGUUGUAGUUCAAAACCAACUUUUGUUGCAUGCAAAUUGCUGCUUGUAAACUGGUAACAGGAAAAGUUUUAUGUGAAUAGCAGGAUAUACUUUAGCUUGUGUCGAUAGUAGCUUCAUGGAAUUGUAAACUUGAAAAUCACUGUAAGUUUAAUGUGUCCUCCUUCCUCUCUCUGAAAUCACCAGGUACCAAAAUAUCUUGCUCAUGUGGACAGAAGACUCAAAGAAGAAAAUGACAGACUGCUUCACUACUUAGAUCAGUCUACAAGGUAAUAACUCCCCUUACUUUGAGACAGAGUUAGGAAAUGAGGUUGUGCAAUUAGAAGAGUUAACAAUGAGAAGGGGAGGUGGAUUAGAAGAACCUUUAGGAAAAGGAUUUUUGAAGGGAAUGGAAGCUUUAGCCAUUAAAAAGCUUGGUGUUGAAGUGCUGUUGUGCACCUUCAACUUCAAAGUUUGCUUGCUAGUGAGAGGCUUGAUAAACAUGUUUUUACAAUUGCAUGAAAGCUUCUCGGUACACUGUUACUACAACUGGUGUUUUUUUUAUUUAUUUUUCUAGAAAACCUCUGAUUCCUUGUAUUGAAAAACAGUUGUUAGGCCAACAUUUGACCAGCAUUCUCCAAAAAGGUAAGCUUAUUAAAUGCACUUAUAUUAAGGUUCGAACAGGUCCUGGAAAAGCUAGAAAGUCCUGGAAAAAGACUACAGGUCCUGCUAAGUCCUGGAAAUCUGCUUAAAACUCGAGAAAUAAAGUUUUCAGAACCCACGUUAUGAGAAAUGCAAGUGGACUGAAAGGAGGAUUUAUUUUGAAUUCUUGGGAAUGAAAGGGUUAACGUGAAAUUUGAAGUCCUGGAAAAAUCAUUCUGAAUCCUGGAAAAGUCCUUGAAUUUGUCACAGUAAAAGAGUGCGAACCCUGUUUUAUAUAUAUAUAUAUAUAUAUAUAUAUAUAUAUAUAAAUAUUAUGAGAGGAAAAAUAUUGUUUUGUUUUUGUCAACGUAUUGAGCACUGUUCCACUCGAAAAUCGACUUGCAGACUUCCUAUAUAUAUAUAUAGAUAUGUAUGUAUGUAUGUAUGUAUUUUAGUGGUAAGUUGGACAAUGUGCGCAUGCUUCUGCAUUACGAACAAAAAACUUUGUUGUCGUGCAAGACAACGUUAGUUUUUACAUGUACAAGUCUUGCUUCUGUAACUGAUAUGACAUUUAUUUGUGUUGCCGUCUGAUCUUUCGCGCGUUUCGAAAGUUCUCUUUUAUUAGACUUAGAGCAUCUUGGAAAUCUGCUGAUCAUGUGUUUUUGGGGGCGUGUUUUUCUUUUAGGUUUUGACAGCUUAAUGGCAAGUUACAGGCUCGGUGAUCUGGCCCUACUAUAUCAGUUGUUUAGCAGAGUGAAAAGAGGACAAGAUGAAUUAUGCAAUGCUUUCAAUGAAUACAUCAAGGUAAAGUGGAGAUGCAGGAAUUUCAUUUUACCGUUAAACUCGUGUGUUGUCGCUUUAUAAAGACACUAUUUACUUUGGUUGAUAUGGGUUAUCCUCGUGAACAGAGGUCUUGUUUACGUUCGUUUCAUGCCGAGAGUUUAAGCUGCCUGUGCAUCACCUCUAACAGCCUCCUACUUAUCAAAAUAACUCAAAGAAAGCAACGUGCAAUUGAAAGUUAAAUGUAAUUCAGGGUUGCUUUUGUUUUCGGUACUUCUCUCUGUGAUUGUUCCAAAAAAAUUCCGUCCACUUUUUCAACAAAUCAGAUUCAAAGUUGAAACCAACAAUGACGACCUGGUCACCCGCGUUUUCCCGCGCUUUUGGCAGGCCGCCUGUUUUUACUUUGAAUUUUCAUUGGUUAAUAAUGAUGACAAGCUUUGCUCUGAUUGGCCGUUGUGGUCACUUUGGGUUUGGAUUUUUGACACUCACUUAAAGCCUGCUUUAUUCUUUUCCCGUUUUUUUUUCUUUUCAGAAACAAGGAACUAGCAUUGUUCUUGAUCCUGAAAAAGAUAAAAGUAUGGUACAAGAUUUGCUGGAUUUCAAAGAGCAGCUUGACAGCAUCAUAGAAGACGCUUUUAUGAAGAGCGAGAAAUUUGUUAAUGCAAUGAAGGUAGAACUGUGUUUUGUUGUCAAGAAAUUGGUAAUGUGUUAGGAUUCCCUCUCUCUUUCUAACACUCGAUAUCUUCACCUGCAUGUUGCACGUGGGAUUAUAGCAGUGUAGUUAUGGUAAGAUGAGUAGCACAAUCACCAUGCCCAUAGGGGGUUGACUGCAAACUUUCAAUGAUUUCUUCUGUUUUACAUUUUCAUUGAAGCCAAAUCUUUGCUUACAGGUAAAGUUGUUCUUAUUGAUUAUUGUAAAAGCAAAAAAUCAGAAAACCACAUUACUGUCUUCGAGAAAAUACCCGUGAAAGAUGAAAAAUCGAGCCAAUUUUGGUUGUAACGCGUAACACAAUCUCAGUGGUAAAAUUUUUGAAAUACAUUUUUCAGUUAAAAGAAAGCUCGUUUGAGCAAACAAAUUACACCUAAUGAUAACACACAAUAAACACUACAUUUGAGCAAAACUUUGACAUUUCAAGUUUAUUAAAACGCAUAGAAAAGAUUUAUCAUUCUUAAGUAUCCUUUGUGUAACGCUGCGUUUCAGAAUUUGGAAGUACACCAAGUUGUUGUCCGUAGAUUGACUGAACUGGAAUCCUGUGGGAACAAAAACACAUCAACCAAAUGCUCAUACUUGGUGUUCUAAAAUAGCGAAAAAUCAGUCUAAAGGAUUGACUAUAAACGGAGAAAUAUUAGUGUAAAACAGUCGCUACGGUUUUCUAAAACCUGAUAACGCAAUAAUAUUUUUCAUCAACUUACCUUCUCCUUCGCUACUAUACUUCAAACACGGCAAAGUCGGGUUUCGAAAUCGAUUGCACUUCAAUGCUCUUAAGUUUCUCUUGUCAUUUCCAAGUUUUCGGGUCCAUAUCUUCAGAAACGGCCAAAAUAUUCACUUUUGACCAAGUCGCUACGCUUUUUACCAUGUUGACGCCAUAUUGAGAACGGACUCUCGCCACAAAUGCCACCAAAAGCGCUGUGAAAUCUGCUGUUUGCUCCGCCAUUUUCGCUUCAUCUUUUCAUCUCCGUGUCGAAAAGAGUCAGUUUUUAGAGUGCCAGUUGAUCUCACUGAGGAGAUACUAGCCUCCAUGUAAUACAAAAUGUUAUUAUUUCUACUUUUUACUGUGUCAGUGAACUCGAAAUUGAUUAUUUGUGAAAGACCACACCCACAAGGGAUUAUGGGUAAAUACAAAUUUGAAUCAAAUGUGACAAAAAUAAAAUAGUUUGAAAUAAAUCAGUUGUAAUAGUAGAUGUAAGUUUAAAACAAACCUAAAGAAGCGAUUUUGUCCCAAACUAGCAAUUUUCACAUUUUCCAUACAUGUUACAGAAGUGGGUAUGGUGAUUGUGCUACUCAUCUAACCGAAAAUGCAAACGUACGGGUUUUUUCACCUUUGAGGGGCUUUUUGAAGUUGGAAGCAGUUGAGUUCACAUGAUGGUCAUCAAUUUAUCCGGUGCUCUCGUAGAUAAAAUACGAAUUCAGAUGAGACAAUUUAUUCAUUUCUUUGAAAGCGUGGUUAUAAUCCAAAUAAUUAUGAGUCAAUGUAAUUCUCGUGCAGUGCAGUAAUCAGAAAGCAAACCGUAUUCUUUGCUUUCUUUUUUAUAACUAUUGGCGCCUUUUUUCCGGCAAAGGACUGCACAAAGUAUUCCGCACAUCCACAUAUUCUGCCUUUCCUUACUGAUCAGUCAUCGUUUGGAAGGCUGUGCACAGCUUUUUGUUGUGUUUCUUUGAAAGUACAGUUUGAUUUAAAUACUUGUAGUCUCUUUUGUGGACUAAAUAAGGCUUAAAUGACAAUUACUCAAGAUCAUAUUUCAGCUCGGGAUAAUUGCCGAUCCUGUUUACUCUUGUGCAAAAUUUGCCUAAUAUUUAAGAUUGACUUUGUUGUUUUUGUCCGUCAUUGUAGGAUGCCUUUGAAGCAUUUAUUAACAAGAGACCGAACAAACCUGCAGAACUAAUAGGUAAAUGAAACACGAAGCAAUACAAUUAGUUAUUUCUGUCUUGCACCUGAUUGUUUUAUAGCCGGCUCCUUGGAGCAUACAAUGCAAACUGUGAGAUUGUGAAAAGGGGGAGGGCACGGUUAGUACCCUCGCCCCUUCUCUCCUUGUGUCCAUGUCCCCCUCCUCCCGGGUAGAAAUUUGUAAAACUUCAACAUGGCGGCCGAUGUUUUCGCCAAGAAAUACGAAGCGCAGGGUUACCAAAGAUACGUUGCAUAUAGCAUGGAGUGAAGGGUUCAUUGCAGUGUACAUUGCGGUAUUGUGCUGUAACUUCUUGAUAACUUCUUAUUUUCUUUCUUUUCCUUCUAUAGCAAAAUUUGUUGAUUCCAAGCUAAGAGCAGGAAACAAGGUAAAUCAAAACAAAGAGUAAAACGCACAUAUGUUUUUAUUUAUUAACUAUUUGACCCUUGAGAGUAACUAGCAUCUAAUUUCUCCUUACAAUAUCAGCCCUGAAUCAUGCAUUAAGGUCGCGAGAAUUAAGGAAAUGAUCACCAACUAGGGGAGCUCUUGAUUGUUAAACGAAUUCUCCUUGUCAGAACCUUAGGAAGUAUAUAGAGGACAGAAUGAGGAAUAAACACACUGAUGUUAGGGUGUUAGAGUUGAUGGUGUGCAUAAAUGGAAGCUGAAAAAUUAAUUUUUAUCUGAAACUGUUUGCACAGGAAGCAACUGAAGAGGAACUUGAAAAACUUUUAGACAGAAUAAUGGUGCUCUUCAGAUUUAUCCAUGGUACGUAUUUACCAAAGUAUUAUGUGGAAUUGAUAAGUAAGUGAUGACUCCCACCGAUCAUCGUGUCUCUGAUUGUGCACGCCUUGCGGACCAAUUGUUUUGAAGCCUCGUUGUUGUUGUUAUCCUCAGGUAAAGAUGUGUUUGAAGCAUUUUACAAGAAAGACCUGGCAAAGAGACUAUUAGUUGGCAAGAGUGCGUCGGUGGAUGCAGAAAAAUCGAUGCUGUCUAAAUUGAAACAAGAAUGUGGUGCAGCAUUUACAAGCAAGCUUGAGGGCAUGUUCAAAGACAUGGAGCUUUCCAAGGAUGUGCUGGUUCACUUUAAACAGGUGAAUUAAAAUAGAGCAGCAAAAGCGACAUCGAGUAAUUUUCCAAACAAAAUCGUCCGAUCGUUCUCUGUCAUGUCGGGCGAAAUGUGACAUUCAUAGUUUGGAAAAGUUCUUUACCCUACUGCACUCCACGCCUUUGUGAAAUGAACCCUUUUGGUUUGACUGAGAGUAUAUGCAGGUUACUGUGUUGUUAGAUUUAAAGCAGGCUUAGACCUCCUGUUGUUAGGUACUAUUUAUUUCAGAAUCUCUCUGAGAGUUCCUUUACGUGGGGAAAGAUUACUUGGUAGGCUUUUGUUGGUUUGUUCGUCGAUGGAGUCGCCGCCUUCACCAAUCUGUCGUAGUGCUUCUUCUCUCUUUGGGUUUGAGCCCCAUUCCCUGGCCGUGUAGCGUCCAAUUGGAGAUCUGGGCAAAGUUUCUCACUAAAUAAUGGCUAAGUGAACAGUUUACAGGCAUGGGGGAUACGUUUGUUUUCCGUAUCAGUUCUUUUUCUGUGCUCAAAUCUGUAAAAUCGGAAAAUGCAACUGAAGAUACCUCAAUAGUGACGGAGCAUCUGUAAUGAAUCGGUGAUUCUGUAUGUCACUGUGUACACUUCGACGCUUUUAAAUUAGUGAGAUGCGUAUUGACUACAUUGCUUAUUGUUCACAGUAUCUGCAGCAUCAGGAUCUCCCAGGUAGUGUAGACAUGGUCGUCAGCAUUCUUACCAUGGGUUACUGGCCAACCUACACUCCAAUGGAGGUGCAUCUGCCAUCAGAGGUAACAACACCUUUCAUAGUAUACGAUUUCACCUUCAAUGUAUGUUGGUCAUUACGGUCGUUCAUUUGUUAUCCGCAAGUAUGAGUCCAGAGAAUAUUAAAUGACGUAAAGUCCUGUGAAAAAUCAAUCAAAACUAUGAAAGAAUAUGAGAGACAAAUGAUCUAUCAGUUCCACAUGUUCACCUGAAAAAUGGGGUACCAGGUUGUUUAUUGAUUCCUUGCGAUUUUCAGAUCCGGUUCUCCAAAACCAAUGACUUCCUACUGUUCCUAUUCAAGGUCUCCGUACCAGUGAGAAACCCUGUUUAGAAAGUCGUUUUGUGAAAUGUCAUACCCUGUCCAAACUCAAGGGACCUCGAAAACCAUUCUCUGUUUAGCAGAAAAUACUUCCAUAGGUCUGUUGUUACCCUCUUCAUAGAGGGUAUCAAUAGGGUUAACCGUUAACCGUAAAACGGCCAAAAACUUUAGCUUAAAAAUUGACAAAUUUAAACCGCUAGUCGCAAAAAUAGUUAACCUCCAAAAAAAAAUCUGCUGAAAUUAAUGGAAAGGUGUUCUCCGUUAGCCGUAAAUUGGCCAAAAUUUUAACCGUUAGCCGUAAACGCCGUCACCCCUCUUUCUUUACUCAUGCUGUGGUACUGACAAGGAGAAUUUGUUUGAAAGUCAGGAGCUUCUUAAAUUGAUGAUCAAUUUUUUUCAAUCUCAUGACCUUUAACUUGUUGAUUCAAAGAGGAUAAUGUAAGGAGAACUUAGAAGCCAGUCACUCUUAAGGAUUGAUGAAAAGUUAUCUUUGGGAGUCAAUGUAGGAAAUUAGACACACUUGUAUUUUUGUACCAUACCAACAAUAAAUUUACAUUCCGAUAAAAACAUUCAUAUAGCGCUGAAAAUGAUGUGUAUAUUCAAAAGCGCGUUACAUUACAUGAAGGAGUAUAAUCUUGUAAUGAACGCUUUCUUAUGAUGUGGAUAGGAUGCAUAAUAAUUUUACAUCGAACUUGAUGAUACUGAAAUUAUUGGUCGUUAAGAGUCUCUUGAUUAACUUUUUGAUGAUGACUUCCAGAUGGUUGAAUACCAAGAGGCGUUUAAGAAGUUCUACAUUGGAAAACAUGGCGGAAGAAAGCUUCAGUGGCAAAACACGUUAGGUCACUGUGUUGUUAAGGCCGACUUUGGUCCUACGGCAGAUGUGAGUUAUUUCAUUCUUGUGGUUUCCCCCCCUAACUCGCCCUUCCAAGGGCUUUUGAAAGAGGCACUCUUUCAGUUUUUGUUUCCUAUAUUUUGGCUUGAAUAUGUUCCCUUGAAGAGGAAUGGAUCACGGACUUUUAGGACUAGCUCCCUUUUCGAUGCGUGCGUGCGUGCGUGAUAUGCGCGUGUGUGUGUUUGGGGUGUGAAGCAUGAAGGUGAAUACAUUAUUCUAACCGUUAUGAGGACAGUUCUAUCAGCCUUAAAGAUAUUUGUUGUUUUCUUUCCAACAGGAGAAGAAAGAACUUCAGGUGUCGUUGUUUCAAACUUUGGUGUUGUUGAUGUUCAAUACAGGAGAGACUUUUGGCUUUGACGAGAUCAAGCAAGCCACAGGGAUAGGUGAGGCCCUAAAGCAGGAAAAUUGUAGAAACAAUCAGAAACUGUUACGAAAUUUCCAUACGUAAGCUCCCUAGAAUUAUUUAUGAUGACAGUUUGCCAUUACAAUCCCGAUUUUCUAUCCUGAUACAUGUUUGAAAUUUCUCAUUUUUAAAGGAACUGCGGGUCAUGGAUUUGUCCUUUGCGGGAAAAGUUUCUAAUCAGUUAUUUCCUUUAUGUGCCCUGCCCCCUCAACUCGCUUACCAUCUUUCUUCCAUGUUCGUUGCUUAUUUUGUCAGUUUUUAAUUUUACCCCAAACGAGAGCCUGGUAACGCGCUUGUAAAAUCAUCCUCUGUAGGCGACAAGCCUAACUUCUCACACCCAUUCCCCCACGUUUUUCUCUGCGUUUUGAAGAGGAAGUCUAGGAUACGGUUGAUAGGAUUUCUCCUGUUAUAUCAAAGUGAAGGAUUUUCUGGGUGUUGUACAAACAUAUAUGGCUAAAGCUAAACAAAAAUUUAUACUAACUUUGUUUUAAGAGAAUUUGUUUCUUGUUUGUCUUUUGAGAGAUCCUGUAAAGUUUCGUCUAUGAGGGGAAAGCCAGAAUAUUGUCAGGGUUCUCUUGUACUAAUCCCCCCCCUUCCUCCUUCCCUCUUUUGCUUUUUUUUUUUAACAGAGGAAGGUGAACUAAGACGGACGUUACAAUCCCUUGCUUGUGGUAAAGCGCGUGUUCUAGUCAAGAAACCCAAGGUAAACUUGCACUUAGAGCAUAAUUUUAGAGCAAGUUUUGCUGAAGGGUUCAAAGGAGGCUGGGAUUCCAAUACGUAAUAACUCGGGAUAAGCGGAGAAAACUUGCAAGUUGAGUCAGUGGUUUGCAAGGUUUUUUCUCGAGUUUUCCUAAUAUCACGAAAGGUUGUGAGUUUACCUCUUUACUCUUUCCGCUCUAACAUCAAUAUGCAUAUUCUCCAUACUGCUCUCUAUACGUUUCCUAUGGUGCUGACAAGGAGAAUUUGUUUAACAAUCAAGAGCUUGUCUAGCUGGUGAUCGUUUCCUUUAUUCUCGUGACUGUGAUCUUAGAUUCAGGGGUGAUAUUGUAAGGAGAAAUUAGAUGCCAGUCACCCUUAGAGGUCAAAGAGUGAAGAGACUUGGUUGUUAUAACAAAAGAACACUCUGCAACUUUUUAAAGGAGAAGUUAGUCGCUAGUCACUCUUAAGGGUGGAAGGGUUUAUCCUGCACACUGGGCGUUAAGAAAACUCCGAACUUUCCUGGUGACAUCUUGAAUUCGUUCUUCUUUAUUUUGCUAGUGGUUCUUACUUCGUUUCUCUUUAUUUUUAAGGGCCGUGAUGUCGAUGAUGGCGAUACGUUCUUCUUCAACAGCGAGUUCAAGCACAAACUUUGCCGAAUCAAAAUUAAUCAAAUACAACUCAAAGAGACGGUAAGACAGGCCGAGAGUUGCGCCUCUUCUUCCGCUCAGUCAUUCGCGCGAGAGAAACGAAACCAAUGUCACGCUCCACGAAAGCUUCUUGAAUUCGCGCGACGCCCUCUCAUGUUAUAUUUAGUUACUCGUUUGAUUAUUUUUUGGUGGUAUCUGUUUACUUUUACGACAGACUUUGGUUGGGAAGAGAGAAUCACCUACCGAAAAGAGUAGCUUCUGUUGCGCAACAAACAAAUUGAGCAGGACCAAAAUUGUCACUCGAAUUGGUGCUAACUCUUGGUUUUAGAUGGGUCUGUCCACGCUAAUGUUCCUUUUCAUAAGUUCAUGCCCUUGUGUUCGCGUUUGUUGUAUCAUUUGCGUUUCUCAUUUCGUUCGUGUCCUCAUUCUGCUCGCGCCUGCUCUCUGAUCUCAUUACCAGAGAGAAGAAAAGAGAACUGAGAAGAUCUCUGGGCAGACCAGCCUCCACGAAAGGUUCCAAAAUUUCAAUUGCGGCUCUUUUCGUCCUUUUGAUUCCGAUGCGUCACACUGUCAUAAAUGAAUUACAGAAGUCGGUUCAUUAGGGUAGGUACCGUGUUUUCUAACAGGAAUUUUUUUCUUUUUGGUUCUUUAGCAAGAGGAGAAUAUUAACACAACAGAGCGAGUGUUCCAGGAUCGACAAUACCAGGUGACCUGUAGAUAGUUUUUCUUAAUUAAUCUUGUUUUAUAAUGAUAAUAUUAAUAAUAAUGGGUGAAGGGCUUGAACCUGGUGUCAAUUGAAGUUCUUGUGGGUCCCGCAUUGUAUAGUCCACUUCCGGUUUAGCUACGGUAUAUUGAGGUAUAUACCACUCUGGCUGAGCCCAUUCAUGCUUCAGAAUUGCACUAUGAAAGGAUUCAGUGGUUGAGUAAACGAUUGUUCUUUGCCGUUGUAGAUUGACGCAGCCAUUGUCCGUAUCAUGAAAACUCGCAAGACCCUCAGUCACACGCUCCUGGUGACAGAAUUAUUUAACCAGCUUAAAUUCCCUGUGAAGGUAAGGCCUUUCAGCUACUCACGUUACUCUCACAGUCGAGCGGAGCCCUUCUCUAGGGAUGCCCCUUAUUAAAAGGGCGGGGCUACAACACCCUAAAUUGCAAGGUUAGAUAAAUUAUGCUCGAAAAUUUGAUCAAUAUGCUUUUGAGUGUCAACCCUGAAACGUAGCAUUAUGCCGAAAAUAUUAUGAUCAAAGUGUCUCAUUUUGCUCAAUUAAAUAGUUCUUGGUUUUAAAGCUUGGUCAAUGUGUAGAAAGUCACGGUCGCUGAUUUUGCUGGUGACGAAAAAAAUAAGGUGGGGUAUUUUGGCCCGAGGGUAGAGGGGAGGCGGGACGGAAGUUUGAACAAACUUGGAAAGACGUUGAAGCUUUGAAUUGAUCGACGCAUAAUCCGCGAGAGGUUUAAUAGGAUUUCUCUGUGGUAAUCAAGAGUUUAUACAAGCGUGAAUAUGACGAAUUUUUGAAGCCUUCUCUCGUUACCGUUACAUGGCCUUCACCGGGAGAACGAGACUACAAGGUUAUUAUGGUCUAUACGACUCAUGAAGAGCUUAUGUCGUUGGCACGCCUUCCCUUAGGUGGUAGACAGCUCUCCACUCCACAUAGUAAACACAAAUUUUAUCAUUCACCUUCUGUCAUAAGUUACUUAGAAUUCUACCCUUUCCUCGAAUGAAGUUGCUUGAAAUUAGUGAGCAUUUUGUAAACACUACGCAAAAUUGAAAUGUGGGAGAAAAGGAGAUAUAUGAAGGUUUUUACAGAAAACUUUAUAAAAGUAAUUGUACGUUCCGAGACUUUGGCCACUCAUUGCAAAACAACAAAUUUUUGGGUGAUUCUACUCAAGCAAAUGAUUCAGAAAUAAAAGAUUAGAGCGGCAGAUACAAUUGUGGUUUCUUCUCUUUUCUGCCACUUUUCUUCCAAGCCCUCCAAAGGGUACGACAGCAGCUCUAGAAGCGCCGCUAAAAUCCUUAACUGUACCACUACAUAAAUGUACCUUCUUCAGAAAGGUCGUGCGGGGGAGAGGGGAAAACCAACGCCUCACUUCCCAGUCUGCUUUUGUUGUUGUUAUUGUUGUUGUUGUUGUUGUUGUUGUUGUUGUUGUUGUUGUCAAACUCAGUUUCAUUCCGGUUGUUUGUGAUUUCUAGUUCCAACGACACAAUACUUGUUUUCCCAGUAAUAGACAGGCACAGCCCAGUUUUUCAUUCAACCCCUAAGUGUUCUGAACACUCAGAACACUUGGGGCCUUUGAACUGGUUUUUACAACUUUACUGUCUUCUUUUAUAGCCUACAGACCUUAAGAAACGCAUUGAAAGUCUGAUAGAACGUGACUACAUGGAAAGGGAUAAAGAGUUUCCUAACCAGUACCACUACGUUGCGUGACACAAGAAUUCUGCAGAUACCUGUCGCACCUCUGGUUGUUCCUGGAUUAGAAAUCUGUUGUAAUUAACUACAGAGCAGUCACGCUUUGCUUCGUGGAAACUUAAUCCUGUGCCUGUAGCAGUUUCAAGCCUUUUCUUGUUUAAUUGGCGUGGCAUUCUUUCAGUACAAAGUUCUGAUGAGGUGUUAUAUCAAUGCGAUUACUUUGUUCCUAUGCAGUGAACUCUGAAAGCAAUUUCCGCCUUCUUCACCCGGUACAAGCGGUAUGAGUAAGGCGUAUAAAGCUUUCUCGUCCACGCGCGUUUCCCGCGAGAGUUAUGCGCCUGUCAUGUGCGUCUUCCGCGCAACUGACAGUUUCUUCCCAGCAAAUCGAUUACUCCUGCAAUAUACAGUUUUCUCCAGUGAAUGCAAGAUAGCCACGGUAGGAUAAAAACCCGGGGCAAAUGGCAACGUAUCGGUUGUGUAUAGUUUCUUGACGCGUGACCAUGCAAACUGGCCUGCUUCGUGGAUGGCUCAGGUGUUGGAAGUGAAAGUUACGCAACUUAGUCACGCAAUGUAGUCCGUACUAGAACUCUCUCAGCCAUCGAGUCUGUGUUCAAAUGUUUUGUUGUACAGCGGAAGCAUUGGAGUCACGCGAACGCACUGG